AUGAACGUGGUGGGGGGCUACCAGGGCCACCACCACCCGCACCACCACCACCCGCACCACCCGCACGGCGCGCUGCUGCACGAGCCCUUCCUCUUCGGGCCGCCGCCGCCGCAUCCGCCGCAUCCGCUGCCGCCCCCGGCGCGCUGCUUCCCGGCGGCCGAGCGGCCCUUCGCUCAGGGCUGGCUGCUCAGCGCCGCGGCGGCCGACCUGUCCCCGCCGCCGCCGCCGCCGCCUCCGCCCGAGCUGGUCUGCGCGGCGGCGGCGGCAGCGGCGGCAGCGGCGGCCGGGCUGGGCUCGUCGGCGUCGCCCGCCUCGUCGUACGGCGGCAGCCCGUCGGAGCUGGGCGGGCGCCUGGCGGGGCGGCGCCGGGGGGCGCCUGCGUCGGGCCCGGGGGCCGCGCCGGGAGCGCCGCGCAAGGAGCGCCGCCGCACCGAGAGCCUGAACAGCGCCUUCGCCGAGCUGCGCGAGUGCAUCCCCAACGUGCCGGCCGACACGAAGCUGUCCAAGAUCAAGACGCUGCGCCUGGCCACCAGCUACAUCGCCUACCUCAUGGAGGUGCUGGCCAAGGACGGCCCCGCCGCCGAGGGCUUCAAGGCCGAGCUCAAGAAGGCCGAGCCCCGCGACGCCAAGCGGAAGCGCGAGCAGCAGCCGCCCGAAGUUUAUUCUCACUCUUUAGGCCACGGAGAAAAACGGCUUAAGGGCAGGACUGGUUGGCCUCAGCAGGUCUGGGCGCUGGAAUUAAAUCAAUGA